CCCGUAUGCGAUAGUUCAAGCUUCCGUGCACGGGAUCGUUGCAAUAUUUGGAACUUUAACAAACGCUAUUGUCGUAUUAACAUAUCUAAAAUGGCGACGGAGCAUGUUCGAAAUCCCAAGAGACCAACUUAUUUUUACAUUGGCACUGGCCGAUUGCAUUUCAUCGCUUUUUGUGGCGCCUUUGGGAUUCGCUGCUUCGGUUCACGGAAUGUGGACAUCAGGACGUGCUGGGUGUGUUUGGUAUGGAUUUGUCAGUACUUGGACGGGUCUGUCGUCGAUAUCUCUUCUCGCGGGAAUCGCUGGAGAACGAUAUUUCACUCUGGCAAACCCAAAUUUGCGUUGGGCAUCGUUUUGCAAAAAACGUACCAAAUAUUUCAUAGCAUUUGUCUGCACAGUUUCUGGGAUAGCAAGUGCGUUCCCUCUCAUCGGUUGGUCAAAAUAUGACUUCGAAGGCAAGGGCUACCACUGCUCCAUAGUGUGGAGUGCUCAAACUUUCAAUUACGGGUCAUAUAGUAUAUUUCUACUGUUAUUCUUCUUCACUUUUCCAUUGGGAUUGAUAAUCUACUCAUACACAAAGAUUUAUUUUUUGGUGCAAAGAAUGUCGAAUGAUGCAGAAUCGAUGUGGGGCAAAAACGGAGUAGCAACGCGGCAAAGCUACAUCGCUCAAGUUAGAGUAGCCAGACAACUUGCUCUUUUAACGGGGAUGUUUUUGUUUGCGUGGACACCUUACGCUGUCAUGUCCUUUCUUAGUUUAACUGGCGCUGUCAAACUUGACGAACAAGCAAGCAUGCUCCCAGCAUUGUUUGCGAAAAUGUCGUAUAUUUAUAAUCCACUAGUUUACUACUUCACCUUCAAGAGAUUAAGAAGGAGAUCUCUUCAAUUGUUCAAAAGUUCUGCAUAUACUCAGGACGUAUAAUGGCCAGUGGGUUUCUAUGCUCAAGUAAUAAACACAUCAUUACUUACUUGUCUAUAUACGCGAAUUUUAUUGCUAUUGCCGGAGAAAUUAAUGGUCUUGUGUUUAGUUUGCAAGUUUUGACAAGCGGGAAAGUGAAAAGAAAAAGGCAUGCCCCGUGGGAGGCAGAGGAGCAGAAAAAUACUUCGCAGGCCAGCUGCCGAUUAUCUUUGAAUCUUACUGCUUCCUGACGUCGUUUUAGGGGAAUUUUCAUAUAAGUUGUAAUGCUUGCAAGAUUCCGCUCGUGAAUGUAAGAUAUUUCCCCCCAGGAUAGGAACGGACAGUGAGUUUGAAUUGCGUUCAAGCAUUAGUUAUCCUCCCUUACACACUGCAACACUCGAAAGGACCUGGGUCCUCGAAAGGACCUACGAGAAUUUCCAGGUUAAAGUAACAAACAGAGAAAAUUUUGAGUUGAGACGAUGCAAGUUUUUUUUUCCAUUAGAGUAAAUUAUGUGGAUAUUUUCCGACACGAUGUAUCACUGACACUUUCAACUUCCUAAUGGCUUUCCCUUUAGAGUAUUUAGCAGAC